AUGUCUACUUCCAUGGGAGGCCCUGUCCUGCUGUGGGUAGCUUUGCUGCUCUUUUCUCCAGAUGGUGUGCCAGCAGCCACCUGGAGAUCUACGGUGUCCUUGAAUCCACCGUGGGAAAGAAUAUUUAAAGGAGAGAAUGUGACGCUUACAUGUGAUGGGAAUAAUUCCCUUGAAGUUAACACCACGAAGUGGACCCACAACAACACCGUGUUAGCAGUGAAAACUUCAAGUUUGGACAUUGUAAAUGCCAGAAUCCAGGACAGUGGGGAAUACAGAUGUCAGAAUGAAAACCUUAUCCCAAGUCAACCUGUGUAUCUAGAAGUCAUCAGUGAUUGGCUGCUCAUUCAGUCCUCUACUAAGGUGAUAUUGGAGGGUGAGCCCUUCAUCAUCAGGUGCCUUGGUUGGAAGAAUAGAAAAGUCUACAAGAUGAUUUACUACAAGAAUGGCAAAGCACUGAAGUUCUGGUAUGAGAACCACAACAUCUCCAUUGCCAAUGCCACAACAGAAGAUAGCGGCACCUAUUACUGCACCGGUACACUUUCGCAGAAUAACUAUACCUCUAGUUCCCUCAAGAUCACUGUAAUAAAAGAUUCCACCACACUUCACCUAAGCAACUGCUACUGGCUACGAUUUCUUAUCCCAUUUUUGGUAGUGAUUCUGUUUGCUGUGGACACGGGGCUGUUUAUCUCAACCAAGCAGCAGUUUAAAUUUAUCUUGACUAUUAAGAAGACCAGAAAAGGCAACAAAUUUAUGGGCCCACAUCCUAAGCCAAACCCCCCAAAGAACUGA